AUGGACGAGGGUACAUUCGACGAAAAGUUUUCCCAUUCCAUUUUGUUGGAGUCUCUGAAGGAAGCGCUUAAGCAGAUGAUUGAUGAGUUCUACGUGGAAAAGGAGAUCGGACUUAAAAUCUAUAAGGAGGCCUGCGCGAAUGUAAGGAAAGAAAUUUUGGAAAAUUCGUCCCAACUGUCGGAUGUCCAUAUCAGUGGCCAGAUGAAGAGCUACUACUGCAGGAAUGACGUAUGGACUUUUUUUUUUAAAAACUCGCUUUUUAAAAUUAUCAAAAAUAAGAAAGGAAAAAAUAGCUCCAAGGAAAAUAAAAAUUAUCAACCAUUAAAUUUAAAAGUUUUUAAAAACUUUUACGACAAAAGAGAGGAAUUUUUAAAGUACAGCAUAGACAAUAAUAACGUGAAAAUUUUAAAAGACUUCGGAAAAUUAUACAGCCAGAUUGUACAUAAGGAGGAGGGAGAAACGGAUGCGGAUGACCCUUUUCUUUAUUAUGACGGAUUGAUAAAGGUGCUCUGUGUGGAAGAUGAACUUUAG